UUCCGACCGUGGAGUGAAGUGAACGCUUUUCUCGACGGUGACUUCUAGUUUUAGCACAAUCAAAACGCCUUGUAUCUAGACUCGACAUCCGUUCGGCAUGCAGCAGUCGCCAGUAGCGGAGAAUACUUUCGUUUUCGAACCGGCUAUAAACUGAUUUAUCUCGCAUGACCUGAGUCAAGCGCACCGUUCCAACGCCAAUGGUGAUAAAAUCUGGUACAGAUUAUUGCCAGUAGUAAUAGUUAAUGCCACAAAUCAUUGCUGUCAGUAAAUUCAAUUGAGAAAAGCAACAGUUUUCGUCUUGGCUAUUGUUAAUAGAAGAAAUGCAACUUUUAGUGUUGUCACUCUCGUCGUGAACAAAGUUUUCCCUUUCAAUUUUCAUUAUCAUUCGUCUAUCUCUCCUCUCACACUUUUUGUACGAAUUCUACACCGCAGUCUGAACGGAGUGUGUUUGAUCAAUAUCUGGAAGACUACUUCUGCUGUGGCGUUCAGUGUAGUAUCAGUCCAACGUCGACCGCUAGAACCGAGUGAUGCAGGAGUGUCUUGCAGAGCGCACCGAGAGCAUUGUUUUUCAGUGACUUGGUUUUGCUAAUUAAUUACCGCAUAUAAUUUUCGCAAGUUGUUCGACGGAAAACUCGCGAGAUCAGUGAUACGGUGACAUACGAUCAGUCAAGGUGUGCCAAUAAGAAUUUGACUCCGCACGGAAUUGAAAUCAUGAUUCCAAUAUUUAGCAAAUUUGAGUUCAGAGAAGGUGUGAAGCAGAUCGUAGGCGUGUCGGAUAUCACCGAAAACCGAAACAUAUGGCGCAUGCUUAUCGCGGAAUUCCUUGGGACUUUCUUCCUGGUAUCGGUCGGUAUCGGUAGCACAAUGGGCUGGGGCGACGGUUAUGAACCGACGAUGACGCAGAUCGCGUUCACCUUCGGCCUAGUGGUCGCUACAUUGGCCCAGGCGUUUGGGCACGUGAGCGGCUGCCACAUCAACCCAGCGGUUACAAUUGGCUUAAUGGUAACGGCCGACAUUAGCAUACUGAAGGGAGCCUUCUACAUCGUGUCACAAUGUGUGGGAGCGAUCGCAGGUGCUGCGAUUAUUAAGGCAGCCACUCCAUCAGAUGUCAUUGGAGGUUUAGGUGUAACUGGAAUCGAUCCACGUCUAACACCUGGACAGGGAGUUCUAAUUGAAGCUCUAAUCACCUUCAUUCUGGUUUUUGUUGUCCAUGGUGUCUGUGACAAUCGUCGUUCCGAUAUCAAAGGAUCUGCCCCACUAGCUAUCGGGCUAUCUAUCACUGCCGGCCAUCUUAGUGCGAUUAAGUACACUGGUGCUAGUAUGAAUCCGGCGCGUUCAUUUGGACCAGCUGUGGUAAUGGGCAACUGGGUCGAUCAGUGGGUAUAUUGGGUCGGCCCGAUUGUAGGGGGCAUCAUCGCUGGUGCUAUUUAUCGUCUGUUCUUCAAAGUAAGAAAAGGUGACGAGGAAUCCGGUUCUUAUGAUUUUUAAAUCGUUAAUCUCGUUGUUUUAUUUAGCAAAACUGUAAUCCAUUAACCGAAAUUAAUAAUUACUAACAUUUGAAUUUCCCCUCAAUUUUUCUUGUCCCUUCAUUCUAGAUGAACACUAACAAAGUAGGCCAAGUGACUAACGACGUUCAGUACAUAUAGUCGCGGGCUAGCCCAUCACCCACAUAUGUAGUAAUCGAUAGUACCAUAAGUUAUCUAAUGUGAACAACAACCUAACAAAAUAAUAUCCGCAACUACCACUCAUUUGCGUUUAGAGCAAACCAACCAUGGAAUCAAUUCUUAACAAAGCAUUCGAAAGAUGAAGCAAUACGUGUGCUAUACAGCUUAUCGAAGGAGCGUUCCUGGUCUAAAACAAAUUCCACCUAAAUUACAACGCCAAAUUCAUGCAAGAUACGUAUAUUCUAAACCCUCACGUAUUUGAACCUGUUAGCAAAAGAUUAGUUUAAACUCAUUGUUUGUACAAAACUUAGUGGCCUAUUUCUAAACCCAUCUGGUACCUACAACGCCAAAGAAUUGUAUUGCACGUUUUGGGAAGCUUAGAAGCUAACAGCACACUUUCGAAGAACAAUUUUUGUUCAGUGUACAUAUUCAUAUAUUCUAACUUCCUUCUAGUUAGUCUUCCUUGAAAGAUAGUCUGCCUACAUUUCAAUAGUAUAGCAAAUACAACUAACAACAAAAUGAGAUCUUCUAUUUACCACCUGCUUUUGUACAGAAUAAAAAUUACUACAUUAUUAUCUUGUGUGACGCAGAAUUGCUGUAUAUAAAUAAGUCUUUAAAUUAAUUUAUGUAUCUAUCUAUCUAUCUAUAUCUAAUCUAAAGUAAAUGUUAUAGGCUAAAGUUAAUCAAGGUGCUGGGUUCUAGACACAAUAGAAAGAUCAUAGCUUAUUUAAUCUAUGUGCCGACGAAAACUGAUUUUUCCUGAACUAAUCAGAUUAUUUCACUCAUCAACGCCUACUUUUUAUAGUUAUUUGUUACUAACGCUUUUCAGUUGUUUACACCAAAUCAAUUAAAAACAGUUGAUUAAUCUAUACUUGUUUUUACACACGUAAAUUCAAGUUUGCGUUUCUGUUAUUAUUAUUUCAUUUUUUGUUUUCUAAUUAUUUAUGUAUAAAUUUUUGUUAAAAUCCUUUUUGCAUUAUUAUCAAAACAAGUUAUCACACCGCAAACAAUGAAUUAAUGCUCGCUCCAAAUGUACUGUUUGGUAUAUUGAUGUGCGUUUAAGUCCGCUCUAGGGACAAUUUACAAGAAAUUUAAAAAAUACAAACUAGUUCUAUAAUAAAAUGAAUGGAUUCGCAAAACUUCACUUUAAACCGAAACAUUUAAAUUGCAGUUAGUUAAAUACACAAUAGUUUACCAAGACCUCGUUAAUCAUUUUUAUACCUAUGGUACAUGUGUUGCGAUACAUCUUUUAAACGUUGUAACAAUGCGGUGAUGAAAUUUAUGCAAAAAAUGAGCGGUUAAAUCCCAUUUGUAUCUUCUCGUAUGUAUUAUAUACAUUGGAAUUUACACACGUUUUUAUUCUAAAGAAAUAUGUUAAAUAAAUAUAGUAAACAUUGACAAA